AUGGGUAUUCCAAAAUUCUUUAAAUAUAUUGCCGAAAGAUGGCCUAUGAUUUUACAACUUAUUGAGGGCCAACAUAUUCCCGAAUUUGACAAUUUGUAUUUGGAUAUGAAUUCUAUUCUUCAUACUUGUACUCAUGGUAAUGAUGACGAUGUAACGAAAAGACUAACAGAAGAAGAAGUGUUUGGCAAAAUAUUUGUCUACAUUGAUCAUUUAUUCCACACGAUUAAACCAAAGAAGGUUUUCUACAUGGCAAUUGAUGGUGUAGCACCUCGUGCCAAGAUGAAUCAACAAAGAGCACGUAGAUUCAGAACUGCAAUGGAUGCUGAAAAGGCUUUAAAGAAGGCAAUUGAAAACGGUGAAGAAAUUCCAAAAGGUGAGCCAUUUGAUUCUAAUUCUAUUACUCCUGGUACUGAAUUCAUGGCAAAAUUGACGAAAAAUUUACAGUAUUUUAUUCACGAUAAGAUUACGAAUGAUUCUAGUUGGAGAGAUGUAAAAAUUAUUUUUUCUGGUCAUGAAGUUCCCGGUGAAGGUGAGCAUAAGAUUAUGGAUUUUAUUAGGAAUAUCAGAGGUCAAGGUGACUACAAUCCUAAUACGAGACAUUGUAUAUAUGGGCUUGAUGCCGAUUUGAUUAUGUUGGGUUUAUCAGUACACGCUCCCCAUUUUGCACUUUUGAGAGAAGAAGUUGUAUUUGGUAAAAGAGGUAAAAAAUCUACCGCUUUGGAACAUCAAAAUUUUUACCUGUUGCAUAUUUCAUUAUUGAGAGAAUACAUGGAAUUAGAAUUUGAAGAGAUUGCAGAUGAAUUGCAAUUUGAAUACGAUUUUGAACGUAUACUGGAUGAUUUCAUUCUGAUCAUGUUCGUUAUUGGUAACGAUUUCUUGCCCAAUUUACCGGAUCUUCAUUUGAACAAGGAAGCUUUCCCCCUUUUGAUGAAAACUUUCAAAGAAGCCCUUUUGCAUGCAGAUGGUUACAUCAAUUACAAUGGUCAGAUAAAUUUAAAGACUUUAAGACUUUGGUUACAUUACCUUUCUCAGUUUGAAUUGAUGAUUUUUGAGAAAAACGACAUUGAUGUCCAAUGGUUCCAUCAAAGACUAGAAAACAUUUCUCUUGAAGGUGCAGAUCAAAGAGAACGUUCAGGGAAAAAACUGCUGGUUAAACAGCAGAAAAAGAUUGCAGGUUAUGUGAAGCCUUGGAUAUUGGAUGUCGCAGCUAAGAGAUAUUCAGCUGACAUUCCUGAGGAACAAAUACCCACUUUGAAGUUAACUGACGAAGAAACGAAAGAGAAUUUGGAUUUCUUGAAACAGUUUGCCUUUGAUUUGGGAUUAUUUGUAGCACAUUCCAAAUCUGAUGAUCGCUAUUCUUUAAAGUUAGAUGUUGAUGCUAUAAAUCCUCAAGAAAGUGAGGAAGAGCACGAGGAACGUCAAAGGACGAUAAGAAGAACUUUGAAGAAAUAUCAACAAGCAAUCCUAGUGGAAGAUAAAGAAGAGCUUGAUAAGGAAAAGGAAACCUAUAAUGCAAGAUUCGAGGAUUGGAAAGAUCGUUAUUACAAAGAAAAAUUAGGCUUUAGCAUACAUGAUACUGAAAAAUUAACUGAUAUCACAGAAAAUUAUGUGGAAGGUUUACAGUGGGUUUUGUACUACUACUAUAGAGGCUGUGCCUCUUGGGGUUGGUAUUAUCAUUAUCAUUAUGCCCCCCGUAUAUCUGAUUUGCAAUUGGGUUUGGAUCAAAUCUUAGAAUUUGAGAAAGGUAUCCCCUUCACACCAUUCCAACAAUUGAUGGCUGUUUUGCCUGAAAGAUCGAAGAAUUUGAUCCCUGCUCCCUUCAGACCAUUAAUGUAUGAUGAAAAAUCCCCAAUUAUUGAUUUUUACCCUGCAGAAGUUGAUACUGAUAAAAAUGGUAAGACAGCCGACUGGGAAGCUGUCGUUCUAAUUUCAUUCGUCGAUGAGAAAAGAUUGCAGGAUGCUAUGGCACCACUAAUGUCCAAAUUAACACCGGAUGAAAAAGCAAGAAACACGGCAGGAACUGAUUUGAUCUAUUCAUUUAACCCACAAGUAGAUGACAUUUACAAGAGUCCUUUGAAGGGUCUAUUCUCAGACAUUGAGCAUAACCACUGUGUGGAAAGAGAGUUUAAUCCUCCCAAAGUGGAAGAAAGUCAAUUCCGUUACGGACUUUUGCCAAAUGCCAAGACGGGCAUUAAUCUGUUGGCUGGUUUCCCAACUUUGAAAACCUUACCUUUCACUUUUGAAUUGCUUCUCAAUGAAACUAGGAUCUUUACAAGUCCUUCAAAGAGGGAGUCCAUGGUUUUGCACAUGAAGGACAUUUAUUCUGAAAACAACUUGUCAUUAGAUGUUUUGGCUAAGAGAUACAUGGAUAAGGUUGUCUAUACAAGAUGGCCCUACUUAAUGGAAUCCAAGUUAGUCUCCAUUUCUGAUGGCGAAAAUAUUUUUGAAAGCAGUAAUUCUGGGUCUGGAAAAAAUUCCAAGUUUAUCAACAGACCCCUGGAUGAAGGUGAAAAGAGAUUGUUUAGAACUAUGGCGGCUAAGCUAAAGAAUGAAUAUCAGUCUGCUAAAGCCGUCGAUGUGGGCGAUGUGUCUGUUAUUGUCAAGGUCUUACCAGGAGCAGACUUAGUUAGAGAUGCAAGAGGUGCUUAUAGAAAAAGUUUCCAGAAUGAACCCAAAUAUUAUCCAUUGCAGUUGAUGGUGGAAACUGUUGCCAAUGAAGAUGAAAGAUAUAAGGAGAAGGAUCCAGUUCCAAUUGAUCAAGAAUUUCCUCAAGGUUCACAAGUAAUAUUUUUGGGUGAUUAUGCUUAUGGUGGUGAGACCACUAUUGAUGGCUACAGCAAUGCAACGAGAUUGAAAUUGACUGUGAAAAAGAUGUCCAUGAGGUCCGAACCCGCCAUUGGUAAGGAAAGAUACAAGAUUGAUACUGCCCUUGUCAAAUAUUUCCCCUCAUACAUUGUGUCUAAGAGGUUGCAACUACAUCCUCUAUUUUUGUCUAGGAUUACUUCUAGAUUCAUGAUCAGUGAUCAGGCUGGUAAGAAUGUCAACGUCGGUAUUACUGUUAAGUUUGAAGCCCGUCAUCAAAAAGUUUUGGGUUAUGCUAGAAGGAACCCCAAAGGUUGGGAAUACUCGAACUUGGCUCUCGAUUUGAUUAACGAAUAUAGAAAGUUGUUCCCCAAAUUCUUCAACAAAUUGGCCACAAUACAAGGCAGCAACAUGCCCUCCAUUGAUCAACUUUUCCCUGAACUAUCUAGUGAACAGUGUGCUAAGCUCUUGCAAGAUGUUACAGCUUGGUUAAAGAGCGUCACUGAAAAAUUUGUGAACGUAUCCUUGGAGAGUGAUUCUCUAACAAAGGUUUCCAUGCAAGCAGUUGAAGAUUACAUUGAAAAAUAUUCUUCUUACUUGGACCAGACAGAGAAAAAACAGCUUGCUAAGGUUCCAUGUGAGGCAGUAUUGGAUCCUAAGUCCUCGUAUGCUUUGCUACGUAGUCAGAGAUUUGAAUUAGGUGAUCGUGUUGUUUACAUCCAGGAUUCCGGUAAGGUACCAUUGUUCUCAAAGGGUACAGUGGUAGGUUACACUACUUUAGGUAUGUCUUUGUCAAUCCAAGUUCUAUUCGAUAACGAGAUUGUUGCAGGUAACAACUUUGGUGGUAGACUCAGAACGAAUCGUGGUUUGGGUCUUGAUGCCUCAUUCCUGCUCAACCUUACAAAUAGGCAGUUCGUUUACCAUUCCAAGGCAUCUAAACAGGUUUCUAAGAAGCCAGUUUCAAAUGCUGCACCAAAACAACAUGUUGUUGACAUCAAGAGGAAGAGAGCUCACGAUCUUUUGAGUCACAUUAAGAAAAAUGACAAGGAAACUGAAGAGAAGUCUGAUCCUGUCAAGGCUGCUGGUGAAAAACAAGGAAAAUCUCCUGAAGAACAAGGCCCAAAUUUUGCGUUUGUUAAAGGGGCUAAUCCAACUUUGAAUCCAGACCCGGCUAGUAUGAUUUACAAUGCUGUUUUGAACCAAUAUGUACCUAACAAUGCUAAUUUCGGUGCUUCGGGCGGCCCUAAGGCAUCCGGUAUUCCGUACCAGGCACAACCAGGUUAUCCACCACCACCACCAUUUGUGCAUAUGCCUCCCCCACCAAUGGGUAUGCCCAUGCCUCCACCAUACGGAGGACCUAUGCCACCUCCACAUAUGGGUGGAUUCGUUCCUCCACCUAUUCCGGAUGUCGCGUUCCAGGGCCUAAAAAUUGAGGAAAAAGAAACUGAUGGAUUGAAGCAAAUGCUUCAAGCUGGUGCCUCUGACAAGCCUAACAAUGGUAAAUCCGCUAAUGCCAAAUUACAUCAAGGCGGCAAACCCCAUGGCGGCAAACCACACAAUGGAAAGCCCAAUGGCGAUAAACCAUUUGGUUCAAAGACCGGCAGCAAUGGUAAACCAACUGGUAACGGUAAGCCAGGCGGCGGUAACUGGAAUAAAGACAAGGACGGUUCCUCGAAACCCCAUUUUUCAAAGGGAAACCCUAAUGGCAACCGUAAGUUUUCUCGUGGAGGUAAAUCCAAGUCGAAGCCCAGGACACCUGUUGGCGAAGUGAGUACUUAA